UGACUGCAGAGUCCUGGAUCCCAGAAUCGCUGCCUGGCUGCUGGAUCCUGCAGAUUCGGCACCCUGUUUCCAAGAACUGGUGGUGAAACAUAGCAAGAAAACCAGUUGGCUUAAAUCGGAGAUCCCUGGAGCGAACAAGCAGCUGGACGUCUGCACCAACCUGGUGCUUCUGGAUCAACUCAUGAUGGAUCUCCGUGCCAACUUGCAGAUGCAAGGCCUGUGGCAGUUGUUCUAUAACAUGGAGCUUGGUCUGAUGACAGUUUUGGCAGCAAUGGAAAAUCACAGAAUACAUGUGGACAAGGAUGCCCUUAAAAGAACAUCUGAUCUCUUAGGGACGAAGCUGAAACAGCUGGAGCAGGAGGCACACAAAGCGGCUGGGCAGCAGUUCCUUGUGACCAGCAGCAAUCAGCUGCGUCUGGUUCUGUUUGAGAAGCUUCGCUUGCAAGAGCUGUGUGAAAACAAGAAACUCCCAAAGACAGUCCUGAAGCAGCAUCACUCAACCUCCGAAGUAGUGUUAAUGCAGUUACAAGACCUUCACCCACUGCCCAAGAUUAUCUUAGAAUAUAGACAGGUUCAUAAGAUAAAGUCAACUUACGUGGAUGGAAUAAUGUCCUGUAUGAAGAAGAGCUAUAUUUCCUCUACAUGGAACCAGACUGGCACUGUGAGUGGCAGGCUUUCAGCCAAGCAUCCUAACAUUCAAUCCAUUCCCAAACAGCCGAUUCAGAUCACCCGGAAGCAGUACAUACAAGGAAAGGAACCUGAAGUGGUAACCAUUCAUCCUCGGAGCAUGUUCAUCCCAGCAGAAGGGUGGACUUUCCUAGCAGCAGACUUCUCUCAGGUGGAACUGCGCCUCCUCGCCCAUCUCUCCUCAGACCCUGAGCUUCUGAAACUCUUCCAGGAACCGGAAACAACAGCAGAUGUCUUCAGUAUGCUUGCUUCACAGUGGAAAGGGAUUCCUGAAACCGAGGUGAAACAUGCUGACCGUGAACAAGCCAAGCGCGUUGUCUACUCUGUUGUGUAUGGAGCAGGUAAGGAGCGGCUUUCUGAAAUACUUGGGAUCACUGCAGACCAAGCCAGCCAGUUUGUGGAAAGCUUUCUACAGAAAUACAAGCAAGUCCGGGCUUUUACUCAGAAAACCAUCCAGCAGUGCCAAAAACAAGGUUAUGUUGUUUCUAUCAUGGGACGCAGACGACCGUUGCCUCAUAUCGGAGCACAAGACUAUACCAUUCGCACCCAGGCAGAGAGGCAGGCAGUCAACUUUGUGGUGCAAGGAUCAGCAGCCGAUCUUUGUAAAAUUGCAAUGAUCAAGAUCUUUAUUUUAGUUGCCUCCUCCUCCACUCUCACAGCAAGACUCAUUGCCCAAAUUCACGACGAGCUGCUUUUUGAAGUUGAAGAUUCCCAAGUUGAGGAAUUUGCAGCAGUCUUAAAAAGUACAAUGGAAUCUCUCCAGCAUGUUGAGGCAUUAGGGGUACAUCUUAAGGUUCCUUUAAAAGUGACGCUGUCCACUGGGAAAUCGUGGGGUUCCAUGACUGAACUGCUGGACUCGAGGAGCUGCAGCCAUUAGCUCUGUCAGCUAAUAUCCUGCACAAUCGCUAGGCAACCACUCGGCUGAGCUUUCAUCAGCACCUAAUUCCUGUGAAUUUCUCCUUUUCAGUCUGUCUGUAGCCUGGGGCAACGGGAGUAGGAUAAGACUGGUUUUCACCAGUUUUUUUUUUUUCUUCUGCAUUUUCUCUAGGCCAGGGUAACCAAUGGGGAUCUGUUAUUGAAAAAGCUGAUUUUGUUAGAGCAGACUGAACCAAGUUCCAAUUAGACGCUGGGGAGGGGAGGUGUAACUAUCUCAAUCUAGAUUGAACAUCCUUUUUUAAAAGCAAUGCAGGGUCUUUGUUAUACAGUAUUGGUAUAGAGUUAUUGCAAUAAAAGCUGAAUGUUUUGAUUUCUUAUCUUUUUACAGUAGCCUCCCUUUGGUAUUUGGGACCCAAGUGCUUUUUCAUCUGCCUGUAACAGACAUUUAUACCAAGAUAUUAUGCCAACUUUUCCUGAGGGAUAAAAUCUAGAUGCUAACAGGAAUGUAAAUGUAUACUGUCCUAACUCAAUUUCCUGGCAACAUGAAAAUUACUGUUCUAUAUUUAAUCUAUCGGUAUGUUAAACCGAUUUUAAUUAUUUUCAGAAGUCUUAAUUAACUCUGAAUUCAAUUGUUUUGUUAUCGCCCAGCUUUUAUCCAGUUCAUUGUUGAUGUUGUGUUUUUUACUGAAGAUCUUCUUCACAAACAUUGUUAGCAAUACUGACCUACAUUUGAUUAAUGUUCCUUUUUUUAUGAAGUCCCUAGAAAAGUUUCUGCCAGACCAUUUCAUUUUGUUGUUUUAAUACGUUUUAAUAAGAUUUGAAUAAUAAGCAGUUUUAUCGCUCGCAGUUACCUUUUGCAAAUAAGCCACAGCCCACGUUUGCAUUUUACAGAAAAAAAAGCUAUGAAUCACUAAUACUGUAUAUACAAGUCUAAAAACAUCUACAAUUUUCUUAUCAGUAAAGGUAAAUGCGUCAGUAAUUAGUCUCCUUUUAUUUGUGUGUUUUCUUUGUGUGUGCUUAUUUUAUCGAUCUCACAAGAGGUGCUUUCAAUUUUCCGUCAUGUGUAGCGCGGUUGCACUUUCUGAACAUGAGUGACGACCCUCAAAGCUAACGACACAUCUGCCAUGUCUCCUGGCACGAGUCUCCUGCAUGAAAACGCUUACUAAUAAUAUAUCUUGUUGCCAAGCUGCAUGUCAUGUAAACAGAGAGGGGGGUGUCAGAAUGAAAAGCAGCGGGGGUGGUUUUGUGGGGGAGUGAUUUUUUUUUUUUUUUUUUCUACUUUGACUUUGGGUUACAGAAAUACAGAAAGAAAAAUAGCCCUACACUGUGUACAGCUAAAUUGAACCAUUUUUUAAAAACAUUGUUUUAGGUUGUCAAUAAAUACAGGAUGUCCUGUAGAUUCUCCAUUACAGUUCCCAUUCUCCAUUACAGGUUUUUUUUAUAGAAUCCACCCAAUAUCAAGCCGUUACUGACCUCCCUCCCCGACAAAAGUCACUUAAGUUAUUGUAAUCAAUGUAAAUGUUGGCGUGGGAGGGGGGAGGCGUUUGAUUUCUAUUCCCAGUGUCAGUUAUGAUUGAACAUUUUCAAACAUUUUCUCUGUGAUGAUUUAUUUACCUGCUAACACAGCAGGGACUGUAAAUAGGAAAUAUUGAAGAUGGCAAAUCUCCUGAAUUCAUAUGUAGUUUAAUAUCUUUAAAAAAAACAGAUCAAUCUUUUGUGUUUCUUGAUGUGAAUAUUAUGAGCCCUUAGAUCACCUUAGGCUGUGAAGCAUCUGCCAGUAAGGAUAGUGACUGCUGAACUGGUGAUAUAUGUUGCCUUGGACACUACCAGUCAGUAUCCUACCACUUGAUGCUAUAGCCAAACCUCAAACUUUCAUUUUACUUUAAUACUACAUAGUAUUAUUGCCCAGGUAAAUCCCUGACAAAAAUAUCCAACCUAAUAUUUUACUACUGAAAAAUAAAACAAAAGCACACACACACAAUUUAAAUGAGCUUUCAGUUUUUAUUUGAUACAUUAUUUACAUCCAUUGCGUUCAUAAUGCAAGAAAUAAUAUCUUUACAUCUUUACAGUGUUCCCUUUUUUAAGAAAAAAAUCAACCAAAACCCCCCUUAAGAGCCCAGCAAUCCCAGCACACAUAUGGCUCAUGUGUGCCAUGUAGAUUCUCAGUCACCUGGCCAUCUGGAAUCCGACUAAAGUGCCUGCAAAUCGUGUAAGUGCUCUACUCUGCAUUAUUGAUUCCUGUUACACAUAUAUACUGUACAGACUGAACUGCAGAACAGAAGGAUCACUGGGGUUUACAAAUACAUCAGCAGAUUCAAUUUAGAGCUUCUGUACUGUGACAACAGCAGGGUAUCAUUAUCUGGUUUUCAUCUUGCAAAGAAAAAACAAUAGAUCAGUAAUUUGUAUGACAUUUCUAAAA